CUCCAGGCCUCCACAGGACAUAAGUCUGGAAGAAUUUGAUGAUGAAGAUCUGUCUGAGAUCACCGAUGACUGUGGUCUGGGCCUCAGCUACGACUCGGACCACUGCGAGAAGAACAUUUCUGAGCAACUCCCAUGUGGCAAGUGCUGGGGGCUUCCAGGUGCCUGGGAAGAGAGCAGGACAGGUGUGGCUCUUGCCCUCAGGAGCUUAUAACCUAGUAGGGGAGAAAGACAUGAGAGAGGCAGUGGCUGCCUGAGUGUCAACGGCUGGAUUCCAGUGAGGGGACAGAAGGUGCAACGAUGGGAACCCACCCAAGACUGAGGCCAUCAGGGAGAUUUUCCAGUGGAAGUGGCACACAACCGUGCCCUUAGGGAGGACUAGAAGGAACUGGCAGAUGACGGGGGUUGGAGGGAAUGGAGGAGAGGCAUUGCUGGACAGCCUUUCCCUGGGGCGUUCGGAGCAGCCGCACCCCAUCUGCUCCUUCCAGGAUGACUUCCAGGAGUUUGAGAUGAUCGAUGACAAUGAAGAGGAGGAGGACGACGAGGAGGAAGAGGAAGAGGAAGAUGAGGAAGCAGAGGGGGAGGUUGAGGGGGGAGGCCCUGGCUCAGCAGCCCGCGCCCGGCAGCCCCUGAUCCCCUCGCCCUCCCGGGAGGAGCCCCACAAGCACCGGCCCACCACGCUCCACCUGACGACGCUGGGAGCCCAGGACUCCCUGAACAACAAUGGAGGGUUUGCUCCAGGGCCUCCAGCCUCCAGGCCGGAAACGGUGCUGUGCCCACCCGCCCAGGAGCCCCUCAGAGAGCCGCCCGCCCCCCUCCCGCCCACGGACAGAAGCCCCCGCGGGGCGCAGUCACCUGUGCAUCCGGGUUGCGACUCCGAAGGCAACCAGCCCGCAAGGCCCCUGGCGCCGGGUGGGGCCUCGCCCUCUUCGGAUCCGGGCAUCGAGGCCGACCUGGGGAGCGGCUCCAGCGGAGGCCGCGGGGGUCGGCGCAGCAGCCGGGAGCUGUCGUCGCCGGGCUCCGACUCUGAGGACGCGGGCGGCGCGCGCCUGGGGCGCAUGAUUUCCUCCAUCUCAGAGACAGAGCUGGAGCGGAGCAGCGACGACGGCGGCAGCAGCAGCGGCCGCUCCUCGCACCUCACCAACUCCAUCGAGGAGGCCUCGUCGCCGGCCUCGGAGCCCGAGCCCGAGCCGCCGUGCGAGCCCCCGCGCCGCCCCGCCUUCCUGCCCGUGGGCCCCGACGACACCAACAGCGAGUACGAGUCAGGGUCCGAGUCUGAGCCGGACCUCAGCGAGGACGCCGACUCGCCCUGGCUGCUCAGCAACCUCGUGAGCCGCAUGAUCUCCGAGGGCUCCUCGCCCAUCCGCUGCCCUGGCCAGUGCCUGUCUCCUGCGCCGCGUCCUGCCGGGGAGUGUGCGUCGCCCGUCGGCGAGGCCCCCGAGGCGGCGGCGGGGCCGGGCGUGGAGCUGGUGGACAUGGAGACGCUGUGUGGGCCGCCGCCCCCCGAGCCCUCCGCCCCUCGGCCCGGCCCCGCGCAGCCCGGGCCCUGCCUCUUCCUCAGCAACCCCACGCGCGACACCAUCACGCCCCUGUGGGCCGCUCCGGGUCGCCCUGCCCGCCCGGGCCGCGCCUGCUCUGCCGCCUGCUCGGAGGAGGACGACGAGGAUGAAGAGGAGGAGGACGAAGCCGAGCCCGAGGCAGCGCCCCUCGGGGGCCGGGGCACGGGCGCCGCGCCGGACGCCUCGCUGGUGUACGAUGCGGUCAAGUACACGCUGGUGGUGGACGAGCACACGCAGCUGGAGCUGGUGAGCCUGCGGCGCUGCGCGCGCCUGGGCGAGGACAGCGGGGACAGCGGUGGCGAGGCCAGCGAGGAAGAGGCGGGAGCCACACCGCUGGGCCUUGAUCGGGGCCCCGGGGCUGCCUCCCCGGACAGCCCUGACCUCACCUUCUCUAAGAAGUUCCUCAAUGUCUUUGUCAACAGCACCUCCCGAUCUUCCAGCACCGAGUCUUUCGGCCUUUUUUCCUGCCUGGUCAAUGGCGAGGAGAGAGAGCAAACCCAUCGGGCUGUCUUCAGGUUCAUUCCCCGCCAUCCCGACGAGCUUGAGCUGGAUGUGGACGACCCGGUCCUGGUGGAGGCCGAGGAGGACGACUUCUGGUUCCGUGGCUUCAACAUGCGCACGGGGGAGCGUGGCGUCUUCCCCGCCUUCUAUGCCCACGCGGUGCCCGGCCCGGCCAAGGACCUGCUGGGUGAGGCCCCUUCCCCAAGGGGCGUCUUGUCAUCCCAGGCCCUCUCUGGCUCACCUGACCUAGGCCCCUGUGAUCUCCCAGGGAGCAAGCGGGGUCCCUGCUGGGUGGAGCGCUUUGACGUGCAGUUCCUGGGCUCCGUGGAGGUGCCCUGUCACCAGGGCAAUGGCAUCCUGUGUGCAGCCAUGCAGAAGAUCGCCACUGCCCGGAAACUGACCGUCCACCUGCGUCCUCCUGCCUCCUGUGACCUUGAGAUUUCUCUUCGGGGGGUCAAGCUGAGUCUAAGUGGAGGACCUGAGUUCCAGCACUGCAGCCAUUUCUUCCAGAUGAAGAACAUCUCGUUCUGCGGCUGCCACCCCCGCAACAGCUGCUAUUUUGGCUUCAUCACCAAACACCCGCUGCUGAGCCGUUUUGCCUGCCACGUUUUCGUCUCCCAGGAGUCGAUGAGGCCCGUGGCCCAGAGUGUGGGCCGCGCCUUCCUGGAGUACUACCAGCGGCACCUGGAGUACGCCUGCCCCACAGAGGACAUCUACCUGGAGUAGCCACCCGCUGCUCUCCCGCUCCGGGAGCGCCUGGGGCUGGGGGCAUCUCAUGCGGCCACCUCGGCUUUGGCAAGGACUGGACUGGGGGCACAUGGGACCUGGCAUCUGGCGAGUCUCCGGGCUGUGCUGGGAACUCUCCUCCUUGCUCCCCAGGGGCUGCUGAAGCGUGGAGCCUGCACCUUCGCUACCCCUGAUCUUUUCUCUCUGUGUUGCCCUGGUCUGCCCUUGGCCUCCCUCUUCUCUCCUCCUGUCUGUCUCUGCUCCUCUGUGCCUGCAAACUCUUGCCCUCUGCUCUUUACUUUGGGGUCAGAAUUGGGAGGGGCGUGUGGAGGGAGCUCCCAGGUGAUCCCCUCUUGCUUUUCCCGUGUGAUUUAUAAAGGAAUUUUAAUUUUUAUAGUGAAUAUCAAGGGGUCAUAUCCCAUCCUCACCAUAGGGACAAAGAGAGGGACCCCCCCCCCAUAGUGCCCCACGAGGAGCUCAGGGGUAAGCAGGGAGGGGUUCCCCAGUAGGGCCCUGCGGGAGACUAGGAGUCGUGGUCACCCCAAGCCCCAGACGCUGCUAGGAGGAGGGUGCCCCGGCCCAGGCCCCGGCCACACCAGCAUCUGCUAUGCCGCUGCAAACACUCCCCGCAGUCCAGCACCUCAAUAAACUCUCUGCUUGGUGUGA